UUUCCAUGUUUCCAAGCACAAUCUGUGAAUAUGUCUGAAUUAGUGAAUGUGCUUUAAUCUGCUUCUGUCUGCGAUGUAAUAUCAGCCAUGAUAUAUCGAGAAAAAUUGUAUUGCGUCAAUUGUUAAAUUGAUAUUUAAAUAGUGAAUUUGGUGCAUAUAGUUGUGAUCGUUGUGAAUACUAGACAUUGGAUUAUAAAUUGAAAAGUAUAAAUACAUAAUGGGUCGUUCGAGGUCGCGUAGCAAAUCUCCUAGAAAACACCAUAAAAGUAAACAUCACAAAAGAAGUAAAUCCAGGGAUAGAUCAGAAAGAAGUUCCAGCAAAAGUUACAAAUCUGAAAAGACUAAAGAGCGAAGUUCUAAAGCUAGAAAAAGGUCACAUUCAGUGUCUUCAGCUUCAAGUAGUGAUGGAUCAGUUGAUUUAACAAAAACCAAGAUUCAUAAGAAAUCGAGGACUAGAAAAAUGGACGAAGUGGAGCGCUUAGCAGAAAUGGAACGACAGAGGCGGCAACGCGAAGCUGAACAGAGGCAGGUUGAAGAAGGAGCGGCGAAGAGAAUUGAAGAACUAGUUAAUAAAAGAGUAGAAGAAGAGUUAGAGAAACGGAAAGACGAAAUAGAACGAGAAGUGGCGAAACGCGUGGAAGAGGCUAAAAAGAUAAUGGAGAAACAAAUGAUGGAAGAAAUGGAAAGGCGGCGCGAGAUGCAAAUUAUGGAAGAGAAAAACAGAGAGGAGGAGGAGCGACGAAAAAGAGAAGAAUUGGAGCAAAUUAUGGCGGAAAACAAUAAGAAGAUAGAAGAAGCCCAAAGAAAAUUGGCUGAAGAAAGGUUAGCCAUGAUUGAAGAACAACGAAAAAUGGAGGAGGAAAGGCAAAAGCUGCGAAGGGAGCAAGAGAAACGCAUGAAAGAAGAACAGAAGAAAAUACUAGGAAAAAACAAUUCGCGACCAAAACUUUCUUUUUCUUUGAAAUCGGUGCUUUAGUGUAUUCUGUGCUCAAAAUCAGAUUGACGAAAAGUGAAGUGAAUAAUGUUGUAUCAUUAUAUACAUUUUUAAUUAUAAGCUCAGGUGUAAAUAUUUUUUUAAGCCAUUUGAUUUGU